CAAAAGAAAGGGGAUUGGAAACGAUCGCCCACGCCCUAUGUAAAAGGACUGACAUCCGGUGAAGCACUCCGUGUAAUUAUUGCGCUCGCAAAUAAUUACAUGGAAAAGUUUUGUAUCCCUGGUUUCUAGCUCUCCUAUCCACUAGAGAUCACUCAGGGCCUGGGAGAUACUUGAGAGAAGUAAGCUUAUACCACUGACAAGCUCUAAGUCCGUUGUCUUUACUCUGUUUCCAAUUUUUUUGAGUUUAGCUUGAAUUACUCUAUGUCAACUUUUCUCUGUCCCUCCUGUGAAGUCAAAACAGCAAAGGACAUUGCUUGACUUGGUUAUUAUGUAUCUAAGUGCUACAUAGAAUGGCUUCAUGCUAUAAAUAAGCUGUACUGUUCAUAAACGUUUGCAGUAUAGUCCUUCAAACUGCUUUAGUAUACUUUUAGACACGCCACGGGCCUGUCCCUCCUACGACUUCAUAGUAAAGGCUAUUUCUUCUUGCAUAGCAUUUAUUUGUCUAGUAAUAGUGGCUGCAUGGCUUAGUCGACUUUUUAGAGCUAAAUUCUCUUUACUUUUUAGAAAAAUCAACAUUAAAAAUGAUCAAUUUCACUGUUUCUAUGUACAGCACAUUGUAGAGCAGUCAAGACUGGUAAUGAGCAUGCUGACUAUAAAUAUAAUCCUUUGUAGUUUUAGCCACGCCCUAUAACGCGGAAUGCUUCACGCAAAAAUUUCGUAAAAAUUUCGUUUCCAAUCCCCUUUCUUUUGUAUCUCUGAUAGCAGUCAAAGGCCGGUGAAGGAGGCUAGGGUAGCCUCGAUUCCAAGCCGCUGAGAAAGGCCCACUAUUCAAGGGGCUGGAGUCGAGGCUAGAGGCUAGGAUUCACUGGAGUGCAACCUCGCUACGCACUAUUAGCCUCGAAUCCAAGGCCUUUUUAAUUGUCUUGGGAUCGAGGCUAAUUCAUAGGUAAGGCUUUUGAGUAAUAAUUGUUGAAACAGCACAUGGGAAAAAGGAAUUGUUAAAUGUUAAUAGUUGUAGCUUGAUCCUGGUGUCAACGUCGCCGAGAGACACUUGUAGCUACAUGGUAUUGAUUGUAUGUAAUAUCGAACGGUUUAGCUUUCAGGAGGGAAGUAGUAGUUUGCUGAUCUUGUUCGACAAUGGCUUUGAUUAAAUCGUUGUAAACAACAACCGUAACAAACGUGGUAUCUGGCCCUUCCAAGUCCAGUUUAGCCAUAUGAUUAAAAGGGCAACGAGACAGUAGGAGUGUUGCACCACAUUUUGAGCAUUCGACGAUGUCAUCUUCAACGACUUUAACUUUACCUUUACAGUAAGUGCAAGCAUUGAACUUUUCGAACUUCUUGACAGCAAUGACGGUAGCACCCAUGAGUGAAAGUUCAUUAGAUUCGGUUAGACAUUCGUCAACAUCGUCAAUGUUGUCAAGUUUAGUUACGGACGAACCAUUUGCUGGCAUGGAAACAGAAUACUCGCCACAAAAUACUCUGACAGUUAGGUUAGUUAUGUAAUAGCUCUCACCUAUUUCUAUUGCUUCUUGCCAAACAGCAACCAGAGCCACUAGUUCCAUGUUCAGAUUACAGAAAAGAAUAGAUCUAGGUAAUGAUCGAAAUGUCACGAAUCGUCAAUUUAAGAAACAUUGUCUAGCUUAUGAGCAGAACGCUUGAAAAAAGGCCUUCUGAGCUGUAGAAUGGAGCUGAGGUGUCCUCAGUACAGUGGCUAACGCGUCCUCCAACUUUGAAGUCAAACCGUUACGGUCUGCAGCAACCAGAGCCACUAGUUCCAUUGAGUCCUUAGUACAUUGUCCAUUUUCUUCGCCAAAAUCUCAACGUGACCCGAUUAUAGCCUCGCUUCGCUCGGAAUUAAAGAAGUUAGCUAGCUCUAGUGCAAGUGUACUCCCUCUCACUCAGUCUGGUGUGUGGAGAUGUGGAGGGUCACUUCAAGCAACUGUUUAGCAGAGUCCAGAGCAUCCUCUCCAAGAACAAAGACUUUGAGGUAGCUACAUAGUUACAGUGGAUGUACCAUAGAUAGCAGAGGAGGUCCGACAAGAGUGCGCCUGAGCUUUCUGAAGCAACGCUCUUUAGUAAAAAAAAAGAUCAUUAUGCUGAUUCAGCAAAAGCAGUGCAGUGCAUGCAUUGCGCAAUCAAAGUACAGAUUAGACAGCAGGCGAAAUGAAAAGAUCUCGAGAACAAGGACAAACUGAACCAAGGGUGUCUUCCCAGUCUUCCCCUAGUACUCCAAGACAGCCUUCCAAAAGGCACAGACCUCCAACACAGCAACUUGUCCGGUCCCCUCUUUCAGUUAGGUCUCUAAAUCAACAGAGUCCUGAUUCUCAACUGAGAAGUACUGCAAGAAAGAGUUUGAGCUUCACAAAUUCUCAAUCAAGGGCCGCAAUCGCAUGGAGUUUGGAUGAGCUCGAGCAGCUAACUAGUUAUGUGUGUUGUGCUGGCUUCAAAGACAGGUGGCCAGCAUUUGGAAGAAAACAUCAGUUUUGGAAAGAUACCUCUGAAUUUCUCUUUGUAAACAUGGAAGCAGUACGCACAGCUGAUGCCUGUCGAAACACUGUUCAGAGGGAGCUGCAAAACCGUUUUUCCUCUCCUGACAAUGCCAAGGCUGAAUACAAUUUGACCAAUAAAACAAACUCUUCUUGCCCAAUGAUGAACAAUUGUGUUUUAUCAGGCACUGAUCAGACAAUAUCAGAGCUCUGUCGAGAAGAACAGAUCGGUGUGGUGACUAAGCUGUUCCAGGAAUAUGCACUUCUUUAUUAUGAAAGAGUUCAUCCUUCCGAUUAUCUAAUUCUCUCUCUUGAGGCUAUGGUGCAAUUGGAUCAUGGUGGUAGAACCAAUGUGAUGUACAACUUGGCGAAAGCAAUAGGCACGAAGAGACCUAACAGUCAGGAAUCACGGCUACCUGUCUCAAGAAUGCCAAUGGGACUCAUUGAGUAUUGCUCUAAUUUCUUCUGUUUGUCUGAUAUGCAACAGUUCGUUGCCCUGAUGACUACAGAAAGUGGCUAGUGUCCAUGUUUACUCUCUUCGAAACGAAAUGGGUAAAAAUCUUCUGUGGUCCAAUGUGGAAAAUUAUGUCAACUUCUCAGUCAGUCCAGGCAAGAGUCAACGUCCCUGGGCUCUCUGAAAGAACUCUUGAAAGAGACAUUGUUAGCAGUGGAAUUUCUUUGGGAUCAGAGGUUCAGCUGAAGAUACUUGAUGCUGCUCACAAGAGCAAUCCGAACACAAGCUGAUGGUUGAAAGGGGAUGGGUGUGAUCUUGUUUCUGGAUUGAAAGAAUCGAUGCGUCAUGAGUGGAGUGGGGAUGUUGAUCUUGACACUGGUGACUUACAGCAAGAGUUUAAGGCUUACAGAGACCUGCUUGAUUUCUACAAGGCAAUAAGGAUUGGCAGUAACUGCGUGGAAGACUUGGGGAAAUGCUGCCAGAUAUUACUUGAAGAAAAGAUAUUCAUUCUGACAGCUUUAGAGUAUGCGGACGCCACCUAUAGAAAGUUGAAGGAAAAGGGAACAACUACAAAGCAACUGUUUGAAGGUGGUUGGAAAGUCGACGAUAUACAGCAGCUUAGAAAGCAGAAUCAGCAGCUUAUUGUCAAUGUUCGUGCCCUUAUAGAAGAAAUCGAGAAUGGAUCUAGCAGUUGUCAUACCAGUCAGUCCCUUUCCAGCAUGAAAGAAAAUUUAUGCAAUUUCUCUAGAAAUUUAUACCGACAAAAACGACAGGUUUGCAACACAUGUGUUUGUGCUAAUGAUUAGCAGUGAAAGAAGAGAAAGAAACCUUAUGCUUUACCACUUCAACUGCUUCCCUACCACUCUAUCAAUGAGCAAACAGUUUGUCGUAUUGUUUGCAAUAUUCUCAAAUUGAUGAAAGCUCGUGGAAUGAAUGUUGUUGGUGAGAUGAGAUAACUUCAAUAAUUCAUUAAAUCAGAACUCUGAUACAUACAAAAUACACAGGCUAUUUAUACAAAAACAAUACUAGAAAGAACCUUCUAGAACAAUAGUACAGAAAUGACUAAAUAAGAACAUGAAACCACUAGAACUAACACAACACAGUAUUUACGGAAUCACAGGUUUACAGUACAGUAUUUACGGAAUCACAAGUCUUUAUCUUAAUGUUAGUUCCAUGUCGUAAGGAUACCACAUUUCCUCCCCUGUUAAAUGUUAGUGUACCCACCAUAUCGAUCAGGCCUGUUGCGAUUUCUUUGCGGAUAUUGUCGAGCUGUUAAUGCACCAGUCGAGGGUGACUCAUCAGGUGGGGUCGGAGACGGAUCAGUUGACUGAUCAGGGGAAACUUCAAAAUCUUGCAAAUCCUUGUGAGCUGCCGUAUCGUCGAAAUCGUUUGGAUUUGUUAUAUCGUCUUGUGACGACUCGGUGGUGGAAAGAGAAUGAGUUCUAUCACGUAUGUGGUCGAUAUGUCGACGUAGUAUCCUGCCAUCACCAAUUUCCACUUUGUAAGAUACUGGUCCUGUCUGUUGUACAAUGCUUCCUGGAAGCCAUGUACCGUUUGUUCGGAAAUCUUUGAGCAUUACUUGUUGACCAACAGAGAACGUCCUUGGUUUAGCAUGUUUGUCAUGUUGCUGUUUCUGUUUCAUCUGCUUGUCAGAUACGUUUCCCUCUGUGUUUGGUUUGAGGAGAUCGAAUCGUGUACGUACUUUUCUUUGAAGGAACAGUUCACUCGGUGAGACGUUAGUGGUAGCAUGUGGAGUUGAGCGGUAUGACAGUAAAAACUGAGCCAAUCUUGUUUUCAAACUCAGUCCUUCUCUCUCUCCAGCUUUCAUGGCUCUUUUGAACGUUUGUACAAAUCGUUCAGCUUGGCCGUUCGUGGAGGGAUGGUAUGGAGCACUUCGUAUGUGUCUUAUGCCAUUGGCUUGAACAAAAUCGCUAAAUUCUUGGGAUGUGAAUUGUGCACCAUUGUCGGAAACAAUCUGUUCUGGUAGUCCAUACCGAGCAAAUAGUGCUUGCAGUGCCUCGAUCGUGUUUUGAGACGUAGUGGAAGACAUCUGAAUCACUUCUGGCCACUUGGAAUGGGCGUCUACAACCACUAGAAACAUUUUGUUCAAGAAUGGACCAGCGUAGUCAAUAUGGAUCCUUUUCCAUGGGCUGUUUGGCCAAACCCAAGGAUGGAAAAACCGCUAGAAAUUGUCUAUUCUCUACAAAAAGAGAACUGUGGAAUGAGGGGAAAGACAUCACGAGGCAGCACGUUGUGACUCUUUAUGAAGAGGACCAGAGGGCUGGUCUGGGUCUAAGAGUCCUACCCAAGCUUAAGUACGAGCACCUUCAUUUGACCUCUUUUUCCAAAAUGCGAGUGGAUUUAGCUGCACAGGUGUUGAGUGAGUCCGUUUCAAAGGCACUUACUUUAAGGGGUGGAGAGGCAGUCGAAGGAACAGCCUGUUUCUUGCUACUCAUGGAUAAAUUCUUUGAUUGCACAAAUGUGAAGAAUUAUUCAGCUGGUGCCAGGUCACGCAAACCAUUUCAGCUACCCUACUUAAGUGCGGAGGAUGAGAGGCUAACGUGGCUGAAGGAUGUCUUCUUGGUAUAUCUGGACAACUGGGAGAUUUCUGUCAAAGAGAGAGGGGCUUUCAGCAAGAGGGAGCAGAACAAGAUGCAGCUGAGCCAAGAAACAUUGCUAGGACUUCGAAUGACAAUUUUCUCUCUUAUCGAGUUGGUGAGAUUUGUAUUUACAAUUCCUGGGGUGAAGUCAUUUCUUACUCAAAGGAUCUGCCAAGACCCCCUAGAAAAUUUCUUUGGAUGUCAAAGACAAAGGGGAGGGACACACGACAAUCCCACCGUUGCCGAAUUUGAAAAAAACAUGCAGGCAUUAAGAGUGAUCAAUUCCUUUGCGAGAGGUCCUGCCAAGGGUAAUUGCAGAGGAUUCAGUAAUGAAAGUAUUUUCUUCAGCCACCCUGUCAUCAUUGUCCCAGCUAAGAGGACAGCCCUUGCAUUCUGACUGGAGACUUUGGUGAACAUGUCAUCAUUAACAACGCAGACAGAACAAGAGAAACAGCUGCAAAAAGUACAAGGAAAUGGGCAUGAUGGGGUACGGGUUCAGGGGCGGAUCCAGGGGUGAUUUUGAGGGGCUGAAGCCCCCCCCUUUUGAAAAACUACCUAUGUAUUGCUAGUCUGAGGUUACAACAAUUUUGCCACCAACCUUGUUACUUAUGCAUCUGCAUGUAGACUCACUGACUUAAGAGAUGCUAGACAACAGCCAAGCCUAGCUACUAAGAGUAUAAAGGAUGUAGGCUAGCUAGCUGGACGUACAUACAUGCUAGCUAGUAGCUAGAACUAAUAUAAAAGUGCAUAGGUCAACUAUUGCUGUUGCUGAGUCAGCUCCUUGUGCAAUGUUUGUAGCCUCGAUCAUAUCCCAGGCCUCUCUUCCUAGGCCUUGUGAAGGAGGCUAUUAAUUGUGCAUGCUGUUGAGCUAGCUGCAACAUGGAGCAGAUCUCAGACUUUUUCAGCUAGUUGCAAACCAGCCUUACCUCCUCUCACUCUCAGUGCAGUCUGGGUAGGCAUUGUGAUUCUUUCAUGUAGUACCAAGAGUGCAGAUGUAACAUCUACAGUAUACAUCCUUUUGUUGAUUAGAACGAGUUUUUUGAUUAACUUUUUCAUAUUCAGUAUUCACUUAUUAAUAUGACAGUUCAAAGGUAAAAGUGUGAGCAAAUUGUAAAAAAGCAAAAAAUUUUGCCUCCGGCGAGGCGGGAGGAGGAUACUCCCCCUCCCACACCCACCCCCUGGGUGGCUCCGCCACCCUCGUACGGGGCUUCGCCCCUCUCUACUAGCCCCCCCCUUUCAUUUUUCCUGGAUCCGCCCCUGGGGUUGAGGCUACUACCAUACACUUGAGCUUUAUAGUCUAAGGAAUUAUAGUAGCUAGCUAGGUGACUUUGUAAAACUUACACGGAGAGACACUCAUAGUAGUACUACUACUACUCGUAUACCCAGUAGCCAUUCUUGCAAAGAAUUUCCAAUAUAAAAGCACCAAGCUGUACUUCCUGUCUAUUUCCGGUGCGACACGCAUGGGCCGCGCGAAAUCCCUGUGUUUCCAAUCCCUUCCCUUUACUAUCUAUGGAUGUACACACUCACUGCAUAGUCUCGUGGACCAGCCUUAUUCAGGGUCUGGGUCCGCGAGACUACUCACUGCAGUGCCAGUGCAUUUAUUGUCCCUUUAUGUAGCUGCUGUUGUGUGUUGGAUCUUUCUUUAGCUCUGACUGCCAGGAGGAGUGGAGCAAGUAUCGGGAGGGGGUGGAAACAGUGCCUCUAUACCGACGUUCAUCCUUGGCCCGUGUUGGACUGAGCAUGGCCAGUUCUAUGGAGACUUGUCACGUGAUGGAGGAGAGCUUUGCCCCAAUGUCACAUGUCUAGGUACAGUGUAUGCAUGUUGUUAACCACUCUAUCAGUACACACAUGAGUCACA